AUGAUAAGGAUAUCAACGGGAUUAAAUGAUAAGAAUAAAAAUGAGUUCAAGCUACUCGAAUUAGAUAAUGAGCUGGUGGAGGCGCUAGAAAAGCAACAAGUUUUGGAAUUCAAAGGCGACGGAGAUGAGGAUGCUGUGUUAUGUAGCAACUCUAAUACUUACCUGCUGAAGAAUAGAAUGCAUUCCAACAGCCUGACGCUGCUUGAACGCGAUACACACGAUACACACGAUACACACGAUACACACAUAGUAAACACAUUCCAUGAAAUACUCGAAACACACAAGUGUAUACCAAAUAUGGACAAACUCGAUCAAAUACUCUCACAUCGCGUUUUACUCGAUCCAACUGAGUCUAAUACAGACAAAGAUAGAGACGUCGAUAGCAGCCUGCGAUAUGAUUACAAGCGUUUGAGCAGCUCGAUCCAAGCGAGUGAUGAGGAAAUGAGACACGCUCUGACAGCACGCAAGAUAGUGCACUACAACGGAGAGUACAGACCGGUAGAUGCUGAAUGCCUGAUGCGCACUCUCGAUCUCAUAGCGAAUACACUCGAGUUGCUGGGAAUGUCCAUGACUAACUUGGACAAACAGAGGGUGGUGGAGAAGGUACACGAGGAGCACAACGUAGAUAAACAAUACACAGAUACUGUCAUGGACUGGUUUAUGAGCACUCCUACAUCGCUCGAUAUAAACGCAUUUGUCAAGGAGAUGGGCGUGUGCAUUUUGAAGACUCACAAACACCCCACGCCUUUCGAAACAUUCAUCGACGACUGGAAAGAAAGAGUGGGCUACGAGCUGUCAUCGUACUGCUCACUAGACCUUCUCAAAGGCUCCUACCUCAUAGAAGCAGGUAGAGUCAAGUUUUUCACCUCUUCCUCCCUCUCCAAAGCACCGUCUACACGAUUCCAGGAGUUGUUCAAGAUGCGUGGCAAAUGGUUUGCUGCUGAUCUCAUACCCUUUAUUCAAGACCUCGGAGACAGCAAGGAGCUAGAGCGGCUGGUACUCAAGUUCUGUCGCAGCCAGACAGAUAAGAGCAGUGGAAUGGAGACAUAUACAUCGAGACAGAGAAUAUAA